AUGAAUGGAUUCGAAAAACUAUUCAAGACACUGAGCACAUGGGAGCCUUGUGAUGACCACCUGGUCCUUGAUAUUAGCGUCUACUCGCCUACUGAUAACCAGCACUGGUUCAAGUACCUAGACUUCCGUCCAGACAACGACCUAGACGACCAGGAAACCGCCAUAUUGGAUGACCCAGCCCAUGGCUGGGUCGCGGGACAAAACAACUCUGAUGCUGGGAUACUCCCAACCACAGCUUUAUUUGACGAUAUCAUGUGCGACAAACCUUUUGGAUCUUGGUGGCUUAGUUUGCCACUUGUACCUGUCGUUGGGGCCGUUCUCCUUCGUCAACAAACCCGUCGACGAUGGAAUCAGCUUGCUCUCGCCAAUAUGUUGACUCGGUUCCCCAACAUGAAGGAACUUUGUUAUGAACCCUGGAGACAUGUAACCACAGUCGCUGACCAGCAAGAUAUAGGCAACCAGCAACUAAUCGAAUCCUUCCGCUCGACAAAACUAUGCAAGCUUACGAUUUUCGAGAAUUUCACCGAGGAGUACCCAGAAGCAGGUAUCGUAUUUCCUGCUAUCAGAGCGCUUGAUCCUGAUGUCAGCCGGAAACUUGUCCGCUCCAGCCUGCACUUGACAACGUUAUCCGCCUCUUUCAUAGUCGACGCCAGUCACUUCUUCGCAGAGUGUCAAGAUUCAUGGGUGUGGAAAAAUCUCACUUCACUGACGCUGACUUCAAGGGCUCUCACUGAAAGUACGUCCCCUUCGGAUAUCAACGGUAUGCUCCAUGCUGCCGCUGCUGCAGCGUUCAAGAUGCCAAAACUUGACACAAUGGAGUUGUGGAACGGCAGACGGGGUGUUGCAAUGCUUUUCCGAUACCAGAGGGCUCAAAAUUGGCAGCCAGCCAUCAUCACCCUACGAGGGACGUCGGUGCUCGCCCUAGACGACCCUACUGUUGUGCGAGCUUGGGAUAAUGUCGCUUACCAGCACUCACAUGGCACGGUAAAGUUCGUGCAAGACUCGAUCGAUUCAAACAAGAUCCGAUCUCAUGCUGAUGCGAUCCGCCUCCUCGGGCUUUCGACUGACGUCGUUAGACCUGUCUCGCUGCAGCAAAUACUCAGAGAACAUCGGUUACGACGAACAGGCCAUCGUCGCGAUUGGUAUUGA